AGCUGUUUGGCCUAAGAGUACUGCCGGCACCUUUUUGCUGCAUGUCGACUAUCUCAAGGUUCAUCAAAUACAUCCCUGUCUUGAACUUGUUCUAUGAUAUCUUCUUCAACGGGACACCAUCGAUUGAAGCGAUCAAGGAUUCGUUGAACGUGCAGGCCCUCCUGAGUGCAUUGCUGAUUGCCAUUGUGAUCUCAUACCCUGGGGCUUUUGAAUAUGAUGAGCUUAAGGAGGCAACCCUACGAGUCGGAAGGUGCUACUAUGCAUUUGAUCCGGACCCUUUCAUGGCAGCCAACUAUCUUCGAGAAGAAGUCUUUUAUUCGACCCUUUUUCUCAGCAACAAUGUUUUAAUGGUGGUUUUGGUGUACCUAUCUUUGGCUGGAUUGAAGUUGAACGAUGAGCUGGGGGAAGAGCGCUUUGAAAACUGGUACUACUACGUGCGCUUCCUGCUGGUAUUCAUGACCUUGUUUAUGGUGGCAGGUGUGAUUACAUUUGGCCGGUGCUCCUUCUUUAUGUUUAUUCUCAAGUUCCCGGUUGCUGAGGAGUACGAGAACUGUAGUGGCGGUAAGACUGGAGAGGAUUCCCCUUUCGCCUUGCAGAGAGACUUGGGCAAUAUCAUUUGGUUAGGGACUAUUGGCUUCGUGCUGAUCGUCUUGAGCCUAGCGCAUUUCUGGCAACUUCGAAUGGACGAGGGCCAAGGCAAGUCUGAGGAAGUUACCUCAACUCCUGUGCUUCAGAUUGUUCCACGCCCUCAUGAGGAUGACUGAUUGGCUCGUCCGAAAAGAUGUAUCGUGGCCCGAAGACUCUUGAUCAAUUAUUUCAAGAAGGCAAGUGGACAUCGUUUUUUGGGGGGACCCUUGCAUAAGAUUCUGCAUUUCCAGAUAUAUUUGUGGGAUGUAUUUUCCGGUCAGUCUCACCCUCUUGAGCGAAGGAUGGGCGUUCAAAGUUCAAAUCUGUCCCCAGUUACCACACCACGGCCCUUCCAAGAAUUGAAAACUGGCAGUGUUCAGCGCCCAAAACGGGCGAACUCACAAACUCUGCUCGUUGAACUUGUUUGGAGGAAAUUCCGAAUGGUUGACAAGGUGUCUCAAAUGGACUUCCGCAACUUCUUCAUAUCGACCAUGUGUGUUGCUGGGUUAGCUUCCCAGUAAUUGAAGCGGAAGUUUUUGCUUUGAGUCAUCCCCCACAGUUGGCUGCUUGGUUUCACCUUUCUCGACGAA